AUGGAACCCCGCGCCCGCGCCGGCAAAAAUGUCGGCAAAAUGAACUUUAACCAUAACGAACUAGCCCAACUCCUCUACGGCCACGGCGACCUGAAAAACCCCCUCCCGGAAACCGUGCGCGUGCUCGACGAGCUCAUCACCGAUUUCAUUCAAGGCGUCGGCUUCGAAGCCACGCGCGCCGCCCACCACGCCGGCCGACAAAAAGUCAAGUUUGAAGAUUUCGAAUUUGCCAUGCGGAGGAACCCGCGGUUCAUGGGCAAGAUCCAGGAGGUGUUUGAGAAGAAGAAGGAAAUCGAGGCGGCGCGUAAAAACUUUAAUAUUGAGGAUCAGUUGAUGAAGGAUGCGGAUAAGGAGGAGAAGGAGAAGGAGAAGAAGGGUACUGACAAAGGAGACAAGGAGAAGGGGGAGAAAGAGAAAGAGAAAGGGGAGAAGGGAGGGGAGAAGGGAGGAGAAAAGGAAAAGGGACCGGGAAGUACUGUCUCGGGUUCGGGGUCAGGUUUAGGUUCCGGCGGCGGGACAAAGAGGAAGAGACAGCAGAGUGUGUUGGAGGAUGAGGAGUUGGAUGAGUUGGAUGAUGAUUUGGAAGCCGAGGCGGAUAUUGGCACGGCGACGAAGAGGAGGUAGGAUCUCCUUGGGUGGAAACGCCGUUGAGAGUAUUUCGUUUUUGGGGGGGUUCCGGGUUUUGGCCAAGUUGGUCUGUGAUUUGGGAAGAAAACGGGACGACGGCAUGGCAUCAUUUCGUUUUGAUAAUAUGCAUAGCGAGGCGUUAAGG